ACGGAAGAGGUAUAACAGAUGAAGAUGAACCAACUGAGACAACUAUCGGCCUUGAGGUUCAUGAAGAUUUGUUUGCUAUUAAGGAAAACAAGUUAACAGAAUACUUCCAUUUUUGGCUGCAAACUGUAAAUACAUAUUGCAAUGAUGGAACAACACAGGAGAAUCCUAAAGACACAACAGCAAUCAAAAACUCCACGACGAAUUUCAAUAUUCCCCCGAUAAUUCUUAUUGCCUCCCAUAAAGAUCAGAUGGUCAGAACUUGUAACCCAUCAGAAACAUUUUACAGCCAAUUGGAAGCGUGUUUAUCUAAAGAACAAACCUUAAAACGGCUUAUAUCACCAUACCGAUAUUUUGAAGUAGAAUGUCCACCUGGAGCAUUGACUCAAAAACAACAAAUGACAAUUGACUGUGUUAAGAAAUGUAUUGUAGAAACUGUAAAAAAUCUACAACAUUGGGGGGAAGAAGUUCCUUUGAAAUGGUUUGAACUUGAAAAAAUUCUGAAUAAUGAAAAAGCAAAUGGGAAAAAAGUCAUAUGGAGGCCACAAUUCAGAGAAACAGCAAAAUACCUUUCAAUAGAUGAAGAUGACCUCAAUGAUGUUCUUCGUUUCUUAAAUGAAAUAGGAAAAAUCUUAUACUUUUCUGUAAAUAAACUCAAGGACACAAUUAUCAUAGGUGUUCAGUGGUUUGUUGAUGCAUUCAAGUACAUCAUAACUGACGAAAAGCAUUUUGCUCGGAAAGACAACAUAAACCCACUAGUUAAUACCGGGAAAAUUACUGGACAGUACAUUGAAGAGAUAUGGAAAAAUAUACAAGGCAGUCGUGGUGUACCUUGUGCUGAUACAAAAGUUAGUGUCGAGACUGAUAAAGGUCAUGAUUCCUUGUGGCAAUCUUACUUAAAUCACAAAAAUGAAAUUUUACAAUACAUGGACAAACUUGGCCUAAUUACGAGAAUUGGAAGACAUGUAAGCACUUACAAUAAGGAGGAAAUGUAUUAUAUUCCGAGCAUGAACCGAACCGACCUUUCUGAUGACAGUAAAAAUGAAAUCAAAGGAAAACAAAAGUCAGCAAUGAUGCUGUACUUUUUCAAGUCUUCUUUACCCCAUUUUUUCUUCUUUCGAUUGGUU